AUUAUUAAACGGGCCACAAACAUGGCUACCCACGAAAAGUGACAAUGGACACUUUUAGUAGUUACGCAAGAAAAUAGUAUUAAAAGAAGGGACUCUCUUUCUUUUUUUUUAAACCAUGGGUUAUAUCAGACACGUGGUGUGCGCCAUGUCCGGCGGCGUCGACAGCUCUGUCGCGGCGUUGUUACUGAAGAGAAGAGGUUACAGUGUGACCGGGGUCUUUAUGAAGAACUGGGACUCACUGGAUGAGAUGGGAGUGUGCACCACAGAGAGAGACUGCGAGGACGCCUACAGAGUGUGUCAGACCCUGGACAUCCCCUUCCACCAGGUGUCUUACGUCAAAGAGUACUGGCACGAAGUGUUCAGUAAACUGUUGAAGGAAUAUGAGAGGGGGAGGACGCCCAACCCAGAUAUACUAUGCAACAAGCACAUCAAAUUCAACCAUUUCCACAAGUAUGCUGUCAAAACUCUGGGCGCUGAUGCCAUGGCAACGGGCCACUACGCCAUGACGUCGCAGGAGGACGAAGAGGUGUUCCAGCAGACGCACACCGCGCCGACGUCGUCCACUCUCUUCAGAGAUCGAUUUGAGAUCAGAAAUCCCGCGCGGUUGUACAAAGGAGCAGAUCUCCUCAAAGAUCAAACCUUCUUCCUCAGUCAGAUCCCCCAGGAUGCUUUGCGACAAACCAUGUUCCCGCUGGCCGGACUCACCAAAGACUUUGUCAAAAAGAUGGCUGCGGAGGCCGGGUUUCACCACGUGCUGAAGAAGAAAGAGAGUAUGGGCAUCUGCUUCAUUGGGGAGAGAAACUUUGAAAACUUUAUUUUAGAGUAUCUAGAACCCAAACCAGGAAACUUUGUCUCCAUUGAGGACGGGACCGUCAAGGGAACACACAAAGGCUGGUUCACCUUGACGCUGGGCCAGAGGGCGAGAAUCGGCGGGCAGAGAGACCCCUGGUUUGUGGUGGACAAAGACACCGACACUGGAGAUGUGUUUGUGGCUCCGACCACCAACCACCCGGCUCUUUUCCGUGACACGGUGCGGACGGACCGCUUCCACUGGGUAACGUUUGACCCGCCUCCUGAACUAGUCAAGACCCAGAUGAUGGAGUGUCAUUUCCGCUUCAUCCACCAGAUGCCUCUCACUCCCUGCACAGUGACGCUGAACAUGAACGGCUCGGUGUGGAUCACACUCUCGCAGCCAGUCAGAGCUCUGACACCUGGACAGUUCGCUGUGCUGUACAAAGGAGACGAGUGUCUGGGCAGUGGGAAGAUCGUGCAGCUGGGGCCCAGUGAAUACACUCUCCAGCGGGGCCGAGAGCGGUUGGUGACACCCGCGCACCACAAGGAGCCGCCGACCCCUGAACCAGCCACCUGAGCCCGGCCUAGUGGGGAUGUGGUGCAUCGGGUAGCGCACACUGCUCAUGAGGAUGAAGUCUGAAACGGAGGCCGUUUUAGAGACCCUAAAACUUUGAUGUAUUGAUAUGAUGAGGACAAAAUGGUCUUCUGGCUGCUCGGAUAAACCUUCUGCAUCCAAGCCUGUGUGUGUGCCCUCUGGAGUGGACACGAGGUGCAAUAAGUAAUAACAUGGGUUGCUAAGUAACCGCCUGCUCAUUUUGAAGAAGAAGAAUCAAGCUUUUCCGUCUGUUCACUCGUAUAUCGAACAUAGUGCGUUGCCUUUUUAUUCAUGCUCUGCAAAUUCUCCAUAGUACAUUCAUGAUGUCAUUAGAUCUCUAAUGCCUAGUAUGAUGUUAUUUAUUUUUUGAAUGACGCUGGCAUUCUGAGCCCUUUUUUUUGUGUUGUUUUCUUAUCAUAGUAAUAUUUAAUAUAGUAAUAAAACCUACCUACCUUCCUGAGUUACACAAGGAAAUAGGAAUUGACUCUAAGCUAGCCACGGGUUAAUUAUGGGUCCAGAGAGAGUAGGACACAAUGUUUGGCCCUUCCAUCUGUGAGUGAAAGUGAUUCUCUUGUUUAUUCAUAAUAUUCAUUCACUGAAGCGCUUCCUGCCACUUCUGAGUUGGCUCAUGUCGCUCAUGAAUUUCCCUCCUGUCCUUUGACAGUGUUCCUGAUUGACUGUCACUCAUGCUGCUGUGCCAACUGCAACCCCACACUGUACGUUGGUGAUAGCAUUGACUCUACUGUGUUCUUUGAAUACUUUUCAAAAAGCAAGAUGCUUCAUUUGUCCUUCUGUUUUUUUAUUUUCUUUAUUGAUAUAAGCAACCAAAUAGGAUUCCAAAAGCAAAUGCAGUGUUUGUUAUUGAGACGGUUGAUUCAGUUUUCAAGACAAUGAUAUUGUUACUCACCUGUCACUGAACUGCUUUAUACUGUCAUGCAUAUUGAUUCCAUUUUUUAAAUAAUUUGAUUUUUUUUUAACAUUGGACAUUUUAAGUGCCUUUUCUCUUCAAAUGGCAUUGUUGCAAGUUCUUCCUAAUAUACUAAAAUACUUGAACAUGUACCAGUGAGGGGAAUAAACCUCAUAAAUGAUG